AUGACCCGAGACUUGCGUCCACCAUCGUUUAUGGAACGGUAUCAAUUGUGCCGUGUUGACAAUAAAUACUAUCCCAAUUUCAACAUCACUGUUAAAUAUGCAUCUUCAAUCAGUCCAACAGUGUUGGCUCAUGCCGUGCAUAACAUCAUUGUGAAGAACCCAAUCCUCGGAUGCAACUAUUUCAAAUCCACCAAAGCCGAAGACCAUAAUGAUUACAGAGACUAUUCAAUUCGUGCUAUAGAUAUCAAAUUCGAUGAUUUAAUCACAGUGAGAUCAGAUCCGACUGAAACUUACAUCAAUGACGAAUUCUUCUCUGGGUUAGACAAGAUAUUUUUCAAUAUAAAUGAGAGGAAACCAUUAUGGCACUUGGUCCUUAAUGGGCCGUAUGUGACUAUUGUGUGUUCGCAUAUCUAUUUCGACGGCAACAGUGGUUGCUUUUUCCACAAGGAUUUACUCGAAGAAUUGAAGGAAUUGAACCCCAUUGAAGAUCUGUUGGUGCCAUUGGAAUACAUUGUGAAAGCCGUUGAGAUUACGUCUGUGCCUCCACCAGUUGACGCAACAACCUCUUUGUAUUCGUUGCCCAUUUUGCAAACAUUGAAGAAUGUGUUCAAAUUGGUUGUGGCUCCAUCAUGGUUCAAACCUGCAACACAGUUUCCAAUUUUUCAAACCAAGCCAGUAGUUGUUGACCAGAUCACACACUUUAAAGUCAUUCACAUUGAUCCAACUACACUCAAGUCAUUAUUGACUCACGUCAAAUCAAUGAAUACAACGUUGACGCCGUGGAUCAUUGCCAUUACUUUUCGCCUGUUUCUGAAACUACACCCAAACAACUCUUUUGAUGCUACUAUUCCAUUGAAUGGUCGCAGAUACACACCAGCAGAUAAGUACCAAGUUGUGGUUGCGGAAUCAGUUGUCACACUCGAUCCCCCAUUCGAGAUAGAAUCCACCACAUCCGCCAUUUCCACUCAGUUAACAACUGAUUUGGAAACGCGCGAUCCAUUCAAUCGUGUCGCUUUGCUCAAGUUUGUCAAUGUAGGUAACUUUGCAGGUGGAAGAAUUGGUACUCAUGCAAGACGUACAUUAGAGCUUAGCAACGUUGGUAAGUUGCCAGUACCUCAAGUUUGGUUCAGUCAAGGGUGUGGAUUUUCUGCGCAUUUGCAGCUUAACUUAGCAAGUGGUGAGGAUGGAAUGGAUAUUGUAUUUGCUUACGUUGAUGAGGUAAAGAAAGAUUUUGAUGAGUUCUUGACCAAUUUCCAGCAAGAAAUUGAGAAUAUAAACCAAACUUCUACAUAA